UUAAUAUGCAGUACGUCUAUAGUUUUCAAACAAUAAGUUUACAAUACUAUAAAAUGUUUUCCUUAAAGUUAACUCUUCUAUUAUCUUCCUGCUUAGUGCUGACUGUAAUAGCAUCUCCUGUUUUGGAAUUUGAACCAUCUGAAUAUGAAAGUAAUAAUAAUCCGUUUAAAGGACGUCAACUGCGUUCAACUGAACAUGGAAAUUUUGAUGUGGCCAUCACAAAGGAUCAAUUUGGAGAUCAAGCAUCAAUAAAUUAUGAACAAAAAAUUGGUCCUGGUUCAAUUCAUGCUUUUGCCCAAGCUUCUCACAAUCCAGAUGAUGGUCACACGGAUUUGAAUGGUGGUAUUCGAGGAUCAUUAAAAAUGUUCUCAUUAAAGUAUAUUGCAUUAGUGGCUGCUUGCUUAAUCCUAACAGCCUCAGGUUCUCCCAUCGACUUGGAAGAUUUGUAUGAACCUCAUCAAGCUCAGUUGGAAGAAUAUGAAUAUGAACCAGUUUUAGUACGCAAUGUACGAUCACCUCAACAUGGUAAUAUUGAUUUUGGCGUGAAACAGGAUCAAUUUGGACGCGAGGCUUCGGUAAACUAUAAUCAUAAUCUUUUUACCAGCAGUGAUGGACGUGGUUCGAUUGAUGCUUAUGCUCAAGCUUCCCGAAAUUUCGACUACAAUCGUAAUGAUUACGGUGGUGGCAUCCGUGGAUCAUGGAGUUUUUAAGUUUUAAGGAAAUUAAUUAAUGUUUAAGUUAUUUUAGCUUUCAGAGUAUUUUAUUUUUUUUUGUAUUGUUUCAUGUUUGGCUUUAUUAUUUACUUUAGU